AUGGUAGUAAAACAUGGACAUCAGAAAGACGACUGUACACUUGUUGGAACAACGUACAGUUAUGGUGAAGUCGACUGGCUUGUUAUACGUAGUAAAAGACAUUUUUUAUUUUUAUUUUGUUUCUGGGGAGCAUUGAUGUUGGCAUUUAUUAACAGUAUUGUUGGUUCUAUUCUCGAAUACAUGCACAAAGAAAAUAUUCAUGGUUGUACUAAAUUUCUUCGUAUUUUACGAUCAGUUCUCUAUAAAAGUUCCAUGAGUAUUCCAGUGAUGGUUUUAUUUGCAUUCAAUUAUGUAACACCCUGUUUACAAUUACGAGCAACAACAUUUAUGAUCUUUUCGAAUAUGUUUACAUAUAUCGUAUUAGCAAUUCAAUUUCCUAUCUUACUUGUUGUUUCUAUUGAUGUACUUUACGAAUUCUAUAUUUGGAAACCUAACGCUACUUAUCGUCUUGUGCGAGUUCGAACAUAG